UCAUUAAUAGUGUCUCUCAAACUUGUUUCUCUCAUUCCGAAGUUAAAAACCAAAAACACGAUCAUGGCUUUGAUUAAGAACAAUGUGUUUUUCACUUCUUUAUUGAUUCUUGUAGCUCUUUUUGGAGUUGCCCUUGGAGGAAACGUUCACAAGGUUGGAGACUCGAAAGGAUGGACUAUGAUAGGAGUUGAUUACGAAGCAUGGGCUUCUUCAAGAACUUUUCAAGUUGGAGACUCUUUGGUCUUCAACUACAACAAAGAUUUCCACGAUGUCACUGAAGUCACUCACAAUGAUUUCAAGCUUUGUGAACUUUCUAAACCGAUAACGAGAUACGAGACCGGGUCUGAUACCGUCACUCUAACCAAACCGGGACUCCAACACUUCAUAUGUGGAUUUCCUGGUCACUGCAACUUGGGACAGAAGCUUCAAAUUCAUGUCUUACCGGCUUCGUUAGGACCCGUCGCUGCUCCGGUUCCUGGACCGGUCCGAUCAUCAAGCUCUUCUUCGUCUCCUUCACCGUUGGUACCGUCACCAGCUCAACUUAACGCAGCUUCAACCUCCACUAUUGUUUGGAUUGGAUCCAACUUUCUUCCUUUUCUUUUGAUUUCUCUUUUAGUACUUUGAUAGAUUCAUACAUCUUUUGUUUUCUUUUUUUUUAUUUUGGCUUUGCUUCUUACCUUUGAGUUGUAGUUUUUUUUAUUGUUCUCUAGUGGUUUUGUUUACUUCCA